GCGCAGGGGCUCCCGCUGCGUGACCAGCAUGGCGGCGAAGAUCGCGGGCUACAUCAAGCUCGCCAUCGAGGCGGGCAAGGCGAACCCCGCCCCUCCCAUCGGUCCGGCGCUUGGUGCCAAGGGUGUGAACAUCAUGAUGUUCUGCAAGGAGUACAACGCCAGGACCCAGGAUCAGGCGGGCAUGAUCAUCCCCGUCGAGAUCACCGUCUUUGAGGACAAGUCCUUCACCUUCGUCCUCAAGACCCCUCCCGCCGCCGUCCUCAUCAAGAAGGCUGCGGGCAUCUCCAAGGGCGCCGCCAAGGGUGUCGGCGAGAAGGUCGGCUCCAUCACCCGCGAUCAGCUCGAGGAGAUUGCCAAGACCAAGCUCCCCGACCUCAACGCCGACAAGAUUGAGUCCGCCAUGCGCAUCGUCGCUGGCACCGCCCACAACAUGGGCGUGACCAUCGAAGGCUGGGAUAUCGAGGAGUCCAAGGCUGGCUUCCGCGAGGAGAAGGCGGCCAUCUGGGGCUUGAAGCCCGAGCAGCUCACGAAGGCCUAAACGUCGGUUCGGUGUCGGUCGCCGACGACGACGAGGGAGUGAGUCACCCAGCGCGCAUUAUUUUGGAAAGGUAGGAUUCAUUGUAGAGAGUGUGAGCCUCGCGCCCGAGGGGAGCGAGUUGGCUGUAAAUAAGACACGAGGUCUAACGU